CUGUGAGCUCAUUUAUGACCGAUCAUUUUGUCUAUGGUCUGAAAAAAAUUUAGAAUUUUAAUAAACGAGAAAUGCGUUUAAUAUGGCAAAUAUCUAAUAUUCCGAAGGCAUUAUAUAAUUUUUGCUUCACUAAAUACGAACGAUGUCGUACGAGUUUAAUUUCUCUCACUUACAACCACUUUUUAGAUUCUGGGUAUAUUGCAGAUGUUUUUAUGGAACCACUUUUCUGGACUGUAGAUAACUUUGCUAAUGUUUUGGGGCCCCUUUUUGUUAUAGCUGUAACUGGUUUAACAGCAAGUGUUGUAGUUAUCGCAUACUGGAUAGGACUCCCUUAUUGGUGGGAAAGAAACUGUUAUGUGUGUGUUAUUUUGGUUAUAAUAGGGCAUUGGCUUCUUGUGAAUAUAAUAUUCCAUUACUAUAAAGCUGUAGUAACACCUCCAGGUUAUCCUCCUCAAGGUGAAUUACUAACCGAAGCUGUCAGUAUAUGUAAAAAGUGCAUUGCGCCAAAACCUCCGAGAGCACACCAUUGUUCAGUUUGCAACAAAUGUAUUCUUAAAAUGGAUCACCACUGCCCUUGGCUGAACAACUGUGUGGGUUUUAAAAAUCACAGAUAUUUCUUCCUUUACAUGGUCUACAUGGUUAUUGGUGUACUCUUUAUAAUCACGGCUGGAUUUGAUAUCGGAUAUAAUGUAAUAAUCAACUUGAAUGCUGAUGAAGAACUGGAAGGGCACCCAGUGAGAUUGAAUAAAUCUGGAAUGUUAGUUGCUGUUGAACAUAAAGGAUACAUUGAGAAAGAGCCUUUUAAUGAUGUAUUCCACCAGAACUUCGAAAUACAAAUAACUCCUUUGAAUGAGUAUUUAUAUGAACCUUCUAAAAGAAGAUGUGUUGUCUACAUGGUACUGAUAAAUUUGAGUGUAUUGAUUGCCUUAGGCUCUUUGAGUUACUGGCAUUAUAACCUCAUUCGUAAAGGUGAAACUAGCAUAGAAGCACAUAUAAAUAAAACAGAGACAAAGAGGCUAGCUGAAAUUGGUGAAAAGUACGUAAAUCCUUACGACUUUGGAUGUAAAAAAAAUUUGAGGCUUUUUCUUGGUUUGGUACAAGGUAGAACUUUCUUUAAGAAUGUGAUCUUGCCUUCUGGUCAUGAACCACCUGGUAAUGGACUCAUGUGGUAUACCGUUAUGGAUAAAACAGUUUUUGACGAGUGGCCCUAGCUGACGGGUGUUUUGAUAAGAAAAUAAUUGUGAUGUAGCUUCAAAGUGGAUGGAAACAAUUAAGCUUCAUGAGCUGUGGAAAAUAUCGUAAAUAGAAGAACUAUUUACAUUCUUUUUUCAAUUUCAUCUAUAUGGUUUUAGUGCUCGAGUGCUUCAGUCCGAUGUUGAGUGAAAUUUUCUGACCAUUUCACCUCUCUGUUGGGAUAUUUUUUUUAUUCUUAAUUUGAUUCAAUAUUUGAAUUUGUCUAGUCACAAUUUUGUUUAUGACAACAUUUAUUUUAUGAGGAUUUUAUGAAUGUUUAUAAUCUAUUCAUUAUAAAACAUGAUGCUCACAUUCCGGAUCUUGUCAACUCCAUAUGUUGUAAUUAUGGAGAUGGAAAUGCGGUUAGAGGCCAUCUGCCAAGAAAAAACUGACUUGUAAAGUUGAGAACUCCAAAACUUUGUGAUAUUUUGAUAGCCGAACGUUGUGUAUGAUUUUCUUCAACAUUUGAAUGUAUUUUUUAUUCAAUAAAUGUUGAGUAUGUGGCA